UUAACCCUUCAGUUCCGAGUCGGUUGCGCUGCGUCCCGGGACAGAGGAAAGAAGGCAGCGCGCUGGCGUCUGGACGGCGGGAACCGGCUCCGGAGGAAGAACGCGCUCUGGCCGCACACCCUUCCUCGCUACCUUCUGGAUAUCUGAGAACCUCCAGCUUCACGUUCUUGUCCAGAACACAGAGGCCGAGCGGAGCCUCCAGCUCAGACUAGACCUCCAUGGAUCCACUCCAGAAAUGGAAUCCAGUGUUGAUCUCGGGAUCUUCCCAGAUGACGGCUGCAGAGACUUCGCAGGCGGGCACAGCAGCCCCUCGGCCUUCCUCCUCAGAGCAGCUGAUGGUGGGCCUGGGUAACCCAUGCCCUGGUCCUGGCUCCAGGCACCCUGUGCCUCUGCCAGAGGGGCUGCUCCAGCAGCGGUACCGAGAGGAGAAGAGCCUGCAAGAGAGGCGGUGGGAAAGGCUGGCGUUCCCGCAGAGGAAGAAAGCAUUCCUGGGGCACCUGAGGCGCAGACACCGUGAUCACAUGGCACCUUACCCGGCUGAGAGGGAACCCAGGAUCUCUCUGUCAGGGAACGGGGAUCAGAAUCGAUUCCGAUGCGAGUGUCGAUACUGCCAGAGCCAUAGGCCGACUCUUUCUGGGAUCCCUGGGGAGAGGAGCGGGGCUCCUCCUGCUUCCUCCUGGGAGGCGCUAGUGCAGGGCCUCAGCGGCCUGACCCUCAGCCUGGGUACCAGCCAGCCCGGCCUUCUGCCCGGAGGGGCGCUCCAGCAGCAGGAGAGAGAGGAGAAGCGCCAACUGGAGAGGCAGCAGGAGAGCAAGAGAGUGUUCCAGAGGCUGCUCAAACAGUGGUUAGAGGAAAACUGAGA